UCUUUGCAAUUCCUGUGAGAGAGCCUGAGAUGGAGAAAAAGGCAGAAAGCCCUCAUCAUUCUUCAAGAUCUGGGAGAGUAAAGGAGCCAUCAUCUUCCACUAAAGACACAAAGACAAAAGCGGCCAAAUCUGUGAAGCUCCAAGAGCCCCACAUAAGGAAAGAGAGAAAGAAACCAGAAGUGCCAAAGGUAGAGGAGCGAGUUGAAGCCAAGGAGGAGGUUAAAGUCAUCUCCAGCAGCACUGUCGUUAAUGUAGACAGUGUGAGGGAACGAAUUAAAGAGGAGCAGGAGGAGUUAUUAGGGUUAUUGGAGACUGAGGGACAUGGAGAAGGCUUGAAGAAGCGAUACCUUGGAGUUUGUGAGCUUAUUCUUGUCGUUUUUGUCCUUUCUGUGGUUAUUUUCUUCUUCCCUCUUUCGAUUUGGUUCUGUCUGAAGAUUGUGAGAGAACAUGAGAGAGCGGUGAUAUUUCGACUGGGGCACCUAUUGCAAAGAAAACCCAGGGGCCCAGGGUUAAUUUUUUGUCUCCCAUUUCUGGACGUGUGCCAAAUAGUGGACAUUCGUCUGAAAAUGUUGAAGAUCCCAUCUCAUACGGUGGUGACCAAAGAUCUAGUGUGCACUGAAGUGAGUGCGGUAUGUUACUACCAUAUCGAGAAUGUGUCUGUUUGUUACUCGUCGUUUGCUGCUGUUCCAGCCGUGUUACAGGCAUUGGCCCAGGUCUCAAUCAGAGAGAUACUGGCCCAUUAUGCCUUCACUGAUAUUUUACUAAACAGGAAACUGAUGGCCCAGAAGAUUCAGGUUUCUUUAGAUUCUAUUACUUGCCGAUGGUGUAUCAAGGUGGAAAGAGCAGAGAUAGAGGAAAUCAGUCUUCCGCCUGAGCUUCAACACAACUUUGCUAUUGAGGCUGAAGCAAGAAGACAGGCACAAAUCAAAUUAAUCGCUGCAGAGGGAGAGAAGGCAGCUUGUGAGGCUCUAAAGACCUCAGUGGAGUCUCUCUCUGGGUCUCCGCUGGUCAUCCAUCUUCGAAUUUUGCAGCUACUGCACAGUCUGCGCUCUGAGCAACCAGCUGUGGUCCUCAACAUACCUCCUGAAGUCUUGAGCCAAUCCAUUGACCUCACCAGUUUAACCAGAACAGCUAAUCAAAGCCUUACCACAGGUGAUGCCUCAGAAGAGAGUGCUAAAGACUCCCCUAUGAUGUAAAGAUGCCAGCGUCUUACUGGCAAUUUAUGUUAAUAUGCAAAUGUAAGGAACACAUAAUUAUUCCAUGAUUGUUUGUUCAUAAAAUUUGUUCAGGUUUCUUUUGAAAUACCACUAAUUUAGAGCUUUAUGUUGUUUUAUAAUGAAUCCAGCUAACACUCACUCAAACAAAAUAUAUUUUGCUAACACUUCAUAAUAAGGUUGGAUAUGUUAUCAUUAGUUAAAGGGGCACUCAGUAACUUUUUGUUCGUGUCAUCUUGUUCUGAAUCCCAACAAAACCAAACUUAAGAUGUUCUCAAAUGUAAAAUUAAAGUCACUAAACCUUCUAUCAAUCAUUACCUACCAAGGCUCUGAGACUGAGUCAGUAUCUCAAAACAAAUACCUAAGAAUUCUAAUGGAUGAUUCUCUCUCUUGUGCCUCAUAUUCACAAUUUGGUAAAAAAAAAAAAAAAAAGAAGUUGAUUCUAAAAUAAAAACCCAAUUUCAAGUCUAUCCUUUGACACCAAAAGGAGACUUGUUGCUACCUCUUUAAUGUUUGUUCUGGAUUAUGACGAUGUUAUAUACAUGCAUGCAUCCUCGCAAUGUUUACACACACUGGAUACUGUCUACCACGGAGCACUGAGAUUUGUUUCAAAUUGUAUAGCCCUUACUCAUCAUUGCACCUUGUAUGCUCGGGUUGGAUGGUCUGCUUUGUCCUCCCAUAGACUCAAUCACUGGCACACUUUUAUUUACACGGCUAUUCUUGGUCUGCUUCUAUCUUACCUACAGACCUAUACCUUUCAAAAAAGUAUGGGAAGUUACUGUCUUCAUUCCCAAGACUUAUUUCUUCUAUCUAUACCUAAAGCCCAUACUGAAUUGGGUAAAAUGGCAUUUAAGUAUACUGCUCCAUCUGGUUGGAAUCAGUUUGGAACUGAAUCUCAGAGAGCUGGUCUUGCUUAAUGAACAAAGAGGUAUUUAUAAACAUUUUGGAAGCAGUCACAAUUGAUUGCCAAUGUUAUGACUGACCAUUAUUGCCCCUGUUUGACCUGCGAUAAAAGUGACAUUUAAAUAUUCAAAUGCCUUAUGUUUUUUUUGUUUGAGGUCCAUGACUCCAUAACUUUUAUUUUAUGUAUAUGCAUAUACUUUCCUUUGUAUA